AUGAUUAAUCAUUUUCAAGAAUUUUGGACUGACUCAGAAAGAAACCAUGAAAUAAAUUUCUCUGCCAUAUUAGAUGAGAUUAUUAUCUCAGAAUUGAAUGAAGACCCAAACAUAAAUUUACAGAAUUGGACUUCAAUUCCAAAAAUGAAAAUUGGACUUAGUUAUUAUUUGGAAAUAGUUGACAAAGUAGGGGAAAUUCUCUUUUAUAAAUAUUCUUUUAACAUAUUAAUUUUUCUGUUUAUUCAAAUAAUACAAAGACACUCAGAAAACAUUUUGGAUUACAACAAAUAUGAUACCUUUUUAAUAAGUUCAAAUAUAUUUCUAAAUAAUACAUGGAUUUUUUAUUUAAUAGUUUAUGUAAUUGGAAUAAUAUAUUCAUUUUUUGUUUACAGUAAAGAACAAUAUUUAUGUAAAUUCUUAUUCUUUCAAAAUAAUCUUUCCAGCCAAUAUGAAAGGUACCGAUUAGGAGAAAUCUCCAAUUUUUGGUGUAUUAUCAUGGGUAUCCUAAGUAGAUUUCGUGAAAUAGUGGAUGCUAUUAUUUUCAGCUACUUAUCUUCACAUUAUUUGCAACUUUCCCAAGCAUUUUUAUUCUUUUUGGUUCGCUUUAGCCUCGUUAUUAUCCAGAUUAGAUCUUUCUUAGCUGUUGGAAACAUUAGCUCUAGUAUCAUUUGGAUCACUAAUUUCCAGAAUCCUACACAAACUUCAGCUCUUAAGCCUCAAAGUCUGCUUUCUUCUUCUUCUUCUUCUUCUUCUUCUUCUUCGUACAAUUCAAAAACUAAAAAAGAUAUUUCUUUUGACCAGGGUUACGUUGGGUACCGAGAUAUGAAUCCUAAUAUUUCCAGAGUUUCUCCUUCAUCUUCAUCAUCAUUCCACUCAACAAAAUCUCAGGAACAAGAUAAUAAUAUCGAUCAAAGUAUAAAUGCUUACUAUGAUACUGGAAAUAAUCAAAAAAGGUGUCAUGAUUUGUCAAAACCUGUUCCUCCAGGUUUUUUGUCUUCUUCUUCCUCUUCUUCAUCUUCCUCUUCUUCUUCUUCAUCCUCCGCCUCUUCUAUGCCAUAUCCACUUCCAAACUUUCCAAUUGAAUAUCAGGACAGCUUUAUACUUUGCAAGUUUUCUCAGACUUUUUUUUCACAAGGACUAGCUUCCUACUUUUAUCCCAAUGGCGUUAGAUUGUUAAGAAAAAAUCUUACAAAAUUGAGUUCACAGGAUCAACAGAGCCAGGCGAAAAUAAAACCAUUUAAGAUUCUCCAGCUUGCAGAUCUAGCAUUUUACCUAGAUUUGUUUUCCCUAGAAAACAUUUUAAACCAUCUUUAUAUUUUAAAUAAACACAAGGAAACACACGAAUUUAAUAUAUCUACUUUUUUUUUAUGGAAGGUACUUUCACAUGAUCUGAUUAUCGAUAUAUGCAAGUUAUUCUUACUUAUUUUUGUCUCAAGAUUAUCAAAGAUUUAUCUAAUAUUAACGUUAACUAUCUCCUCAUUAAACAUUUCUAGCUUAUUUUUCUAUCUACAUGUAAAUAAACAAGUAAUUAAUGAUUUACUAAGAUGA